CAAUCGAAAUCUGGUGUCAAGGGGCUGAAUAAUGUCAACACAAAUUCGGAAGCUUUAUUUCUGAUAUAAGUUGAAUAUUUCAUGAGGAAGAGACGGGCCAUAACAUGCCUACCGAUAAGAAAAUAACAAAGGAAGAUACAUGGAAAUCAGAUGACCUUAGGAGGCACAUAAGGGGUGGAGGACAUGAUGAAGACUCUAGCAGGAGGAGAGAUGAUGAGAGAAGACACAGGAUGGGGGAGUCAGUAGAGCGACGCCACAGAGACCCAGAGAGGGAGGCCAGAAGGGAGAGAGAGAAGAACAGAGAGCGAGAUGGUACCCGAGAGAGAACAAAACCCAGAGAUAUAGACAAGGAUAGACAUCAAGACAGAAGGAAAGACGGCUCGAGAGACAGGACGGGCGAAAAGGAGGCGAGAGACAAAGAAAGGAGCAGAGAGCAAGAUAGGGUUAAAGGCACAGAGAAUGUUAAGCACAGGGAUGGGGACAGAGGCAGUCGGGACAAAAUACAUGAUAGAGAAGAAAAAGAAAACAGGGAUAGGGAGAGGGUAAAGGCCAGAGAAAGGGAUACGGAGAGGGAAAGAGAUGAGCUGAGGAAGAGCGACAGGGAUAAGGAGAAGGAGAAGGACAAGGAGAGAGAAACAGGUGAGAGGGACAGGGAGCGAUGGUCUGACAGAGCUAGAAAGAGAAAUGAGGAGAGGGGGGAGGGAGGGAGAGACAGGGAUAGAGAGCAUGAUCGUGAGAAGAGAGAUAGACAUAAGGAGAGGGAGUAUCUGAAAGAGAGUGAACGCUACAAGGACAGAUCGCAGGAGAAGCAGAAAGACAAGGAAAGAAAAGAAAGACACCCGGACAGAGAGCAUUCAGGACAAAAGGAGGACAGAGAAUACAGGGAGCAACAUAGAAAAGAAAAGGAGGAGAGAGAAAGGAGACACAAAGAGAGAGCACAACACGAUACAGGUGAAAGUCGGAGACAUGACGGUGAAUCCAGAGAAGUGGAUCGUGAGCGAGUGCACAGGGAACGGAAGGGGUCGGACAGAGAGAGGGAGGGAAAGAGGGAUAAACAUCGAGAGAGGAGGCACAGAGAAGAAGCAGGUCCUGAGAGGGAUCCCACAGAACGGACCAGCACCAAGAAAUCAUCAUCCUCAGACCUCAGAGUUCACAAGGAAAAGACAGAGCCUGUUAAAACUAAGGAAGUAGUGAUGCGAUCUGAGUCAGCGUGGAGGUCUAGUCAGAAACAAUUAAGUGACACAGAGGAGCCCGUGGAAAUCGAGGAGGCUCCGGCUGAGAACCAUGGCUAUGAUGAAGCUCAGGACUAUGAAGAAGACUUUGAGAAAAUGGAUUAUCAGGAGGAUUUUGAGGAUGUGGAUGAGAGCGAGGGAGAGGAUGAAAAGCAGACACACAGCCAUGAAGAGAGAGAAGAGCGGGAGGAAAUGAGUUCACAGAGGAGGGAGGAGAUCGAGGCCAUUCAGAGAGCCAUGGAUGAGGAGAACGAGAGAGUGGGCUCUGCCCAGCCCAGGCUAAGCACAGAGGAGGACGACAGACCCAAAAGGUCAAGAGAUUCUGAAACGCUUCAAAGUAAAGGUUCACAGCACGGGAGGUUCAUGGACUUUGUUGCUGCGAAGCAUCGUGAGGUCAGCAAAAAGGUUGCCAGCAAACAGAAGAAACGCAGUACAGAGCUGCUUCGCCUGAUCGACCUGGACUUCUCCAUCACCUUCUCCCUCCUGGAUCUGCCCCCUGUCAAUGAAUAUGACAUGUACAUCAAAAACUUUGGAACAACAAACACUAAACAGGCUUAUGUCCAGUGCAACGAGGACAAUACUGAUCGAGACAUUCAAACAGAGGACAUCGAGAUGAGCGAGAAGUGGACACAGCAUCCUGCGGAGAGGAACGUAGGCUGUGGAGGUCCCAACCUUUCCCACGAUACGUCUGAUGAAUCUGUGACCAAACUGAGCAUCGAUUCACAGCGCCUAGCAACAUUUCUGCGCUCAGCCUCACAGGUGGUUGCGGUACUGUUGGAAGAGGGUAGGGCUGAGAAGCAAUCACUGAAGAAGCUGAGGACUCAAGCAGACACUCUCUCUUUCAGCGACGGGUGUUUACAGCUCAAUACCAAGCUUCCAUUUCUAUGUGGUCGUCAGAUCAGCCUGGUUAAAUUCUCCCAGGUGCAGAGGCAGACCAUGCUGUCCGUGCACAGCCCCUCGGCCAAGCCCAGCGCCGUGCGCCUCGACAGCAAGUCCAUCAUCUGUAUCUGGAACAUCUGGGAGCCCUCCCGCCCACAGAAGAUUCUUGUCUACGAGUCCGAGGUGCACUGCUGCUGUUUCAGCCCUGGGAAAGCCACGCUGGUGUUUGCGGGCACGUCCGUGGGUUCUGUAGUCUUGUGGGACCUGAGGGAGCACGCCAGUGCCCACUACACUUUAAGGAUAGGGGAGAAUGACUGGACUCUCCGCAACCCAACCUUCUCCACAGAUGCCGUGCUGGUAGCGUCGGGCCACAUGUCAUCAGUGAGCUCUGUGGAGGCCGUCCCUGCCACCGUGGCUGAGGGCCUGAGGCCAGAGCUUCCCCUUUUGGCUUCUGAUGAAGAGUCAUCAGGAUUGUCAUUCCAGUUGGCUUCUCUUGAUGAAAAUGGGGUUCUGAAUCUAUGGGUGGUACUGGAGCUCCCUAAAGCCAACGAUGCCGGGUCGCACACAGACCUCGGGCUCCGGCCUGGGGGCAAAGUGAAACUGCUCCACAGUUCCACAGUCCUUACCACCAGCGAGAGGUCUUCAAAACGAGGCGCUAAGAAAACAACACUGUUACAGACGCUGCUGUUAAAAUUUCUGCCCUCUGAUUCCAACCAUUUUUUCAUUGGCACAAAUAUGGGUCUUGUGAACCAUGGGACCAGUCACGGGUUAAAGGCUCCUCCAAAGUUCUACCGGCCUCAGGUGGUUGGAUUCAGACCUGUUGAUGUCACCUCCAUCAACUUUUCUCCCUUCGGAGAACCCAUUUUCCUGGUGGGCUGUGGGGAUGGCAGUGUCAGACUACACACAGUGCUGAGUGAGCAGCCUCUGAUGGAGUGGACCAGCAGUACAGCAGGGCAGCCGGUGGUGUCAGUACAGUGGGCCAAGACCAGGCCAACAGUCUUCUGUGUUCUGGAUGCUGCCUCCUGCCUUCACAUAUGGGACCUGCUGGAGAAAGACUUUGAGCCUGUAAUCACUGAAAAGAUUGAUGCUGACAGGGUAACAGCCAUGGCUGUUUUUGGUGACCCUGCAAAGCAGAACACAUAUUCAGGAAUAUCACUAGCAACGCAGUCGGGGAAGAUAGAAAUUCAGUAUUUCAGCAAGAGAUUUACAGUGCCUGAAUCUGCUGACCUGGAGAAACUACAGAUCAUGAUGCAAGAGGCCUUUUGAAGUUAUAUGUCAGGAGUGUAUUAAUUUGUGCAAACUGUUGAAAAUGUUUUUUAACAGUUUUUUUUCGGGCCUGUUUGCUUCCAUUUGGUUCCUAGUGGAUACAACCCAGGGGCACACUGUGUUGGGCAAAAUGUGUACAUACAGUGGUAAUCGCAGUCAUCUCUAGAUCAGUAAAGAGAUCAACUUCAGAAUGUAAGCAGAUAUAAAUGGACCAUCUAUUUCAUUCCUCAUUCUGUUAUUUUGUGUAUUCUAUAUACAGUAGAUGCCAUAAUGGCAUGAUGUUGAAACACAAUAUUGAAAGAAAAAUAGCUUUAUUUUAGCAUAUUUACAGAUGAACAACUUUUUUUUUGUAUAUUGAGAAUGUCUUACUUUUCUGUGUGUUUUAUAAAAAAGAUAAGGAAAGAAUGGACUUGGUGUUUUCUUCCCAUCCAACUUACUCAAAGUGUGACACCAAACUUUCAGGGCUAAGCAACAUGAUGAAUGUAUAGAUGCUACUGUUCAUUUAAUUUAUGUGAUGUUAAUACAUUAAAUACAAUUAUUUUGUCUAUGAGAGAACUUUUGUUACUUCAUUAAAUAAAGUAUUUAAUGUA